AUCAAACAUGAUAUGCAUUAGUCAAGAGAGUUCCGAAUGGUCGGGGAUUCCCUCAGAGUUACUAUAGACGGCCAAGCUGACAGACGUGUUCCCUGAUCGUAGGAGCCUGGAAUUCGGUGCUGUACACAGACCCGUGUAACUCUCAGCCUAAGAGUAUUCAGCGACACUCUUGGUCUAUUAUAGAUGAUGGACGAUUUUGAACCAGACUAUGAACCAAUAGAGGGUGAAAUUCCGGAACCUCGUUCGACAAUUAGAGGCAGUUCUAAACGUAAGAGUAAAGUGCAAUCUUGUCCAAUUUGCCAAGGCAGAUUUACUAAUGUUAGGAGACAUGUUAUUUGUUCCCAUCUCCCUUGGUAUACCUCGCCCCUCACAGCAUGUUGGACUUGUAAACUACAGUUGGCACAAGAAAAGUUGGUACAGGUUCAUAUGGUAAACAUACACAACAGCCAGGAGGAACAACAUAAAUUUGAUACUUUACAGCAUGGGAAAAGAUGGACAUACUUAAUGAACGGUUUAUUGGAUGAUAUUGCUAAACGUAUACCAGUUAAGUUUGAAGGUUUGAUCAAAUUUGUUCAAAAGCAUUCAGAUUUUUCAAUUUGUUCCGGUGGGGUACAUCAUUGGUCAGAUAUGCCAUUAUUAAAGCUGUUUAAUGAGGUAAACAUUUACAAGCCGUCCCAUCUUUUACAUUCAGCCUACCCACCUACAGAUCCCCAUUCGUUACUUCAUUGGAAAAUUCUGGCACUUCUGAUAGCCCAUACAGAAUCGGGAGAAAAUUUAGUCACUUUCGAAAGAGAACUAGAACUGCAUCCUACUCAAAGAACAAAACAUUUAGUCUCACUUGUUGAUAGCCAUUUUCAUCUGGAUUUAUAUUUAAAAGAGACCAGACAUUCUGGUCUACCGUCAUUAACAUGGGAUGAAACAGACAGACACGUGGAAAUUCAGUUCUUAAUUUCAAACUACUGCUUUCCGCGUAAUUGGCCAUCCAGCAAAGACCGACACCAGCUCAGAAAAGAUAAAAGAUUGAUGUUCACGUUUGGUAUACACCCAAGGAUGGUAGCAAGAGAAACAAGACGACAGAUGGAGAGUUGGUUGUCGGACCUGGAAGUGUUGGUCGAGGCAAAGAAUGUAUGUGCAAUUGGGGAAUGUGGGUUAGACGCUCAACAGGCUUCGGAGCGGGAUAUUAGCAGGCAAAUGGAAGUUCUGGAUAGCCAGCUACAGUUGGCUAAGGCAAAACAGCUGCCAGUAGUCAUCCACUGUAGGGGAUUGUCUGGAGAAGAUAGUACAGACGACAGAUGUUUAGAUGUUAUGAGGAAAGUGUUGGAAAAGGACCAUCGUAUACAUAGACAUUGUUUCGGGGGUAACAUUGGUAUGUAUAGGAAAUGGAAAAGUUACUUUCCGAAUUGUAAAUUUGGGAUUUCCCCUUUUUUGUUGAUGGAAGAGAAAUAUCCUGAUAUAAGAUCGACAGUAUGUAACAUGGAUAUCAACGAUAUUAUUAUUGAGACAGAUGCGCCUUACCUUAGUAACAAAGGAGGAAGAACAGGAUGUCCAUCUAUGACUUAUGACAUAGCUCAAAAAUUGGCAAAUCUAUUCAAUGUAUCUCUCAUGGAGGUAGCCUGUGUUACAACUUCAAACGCUCUGAAGUUGUAUAACAUAAAGCAUUAGUUCAUGGAUUUAUGUGAUUUUAAAACUGUACAAAGCUUUGUUUAGUAGUUAUGCCUUUAACUUUUAUGUGUGCUUUAUGUGUGGGAUAAAAACAUUUGUCACGUGUGCGUACCUGUAUAUAUGUUUGUUUAUUCAUGUUUUAUCGGCUUUAGUUAAUCUAAGACUUUUGAUGUGAGAUAAUAUCUGUCUUGGAUUUGCAGACGAACUUAAUUCUAAAAACUUGAACGGUAACGAAAUCCUAUCAAAUAGAAGGGAGAGGAAUGUGGAGUACGCCGGUUAGGCACAAUCAAACAUGAUAUGCAUUAGUCAAGAGAGUUCCGAAUGGUCGGGGAUUCCCUCAGAGUUACUAUAGACGGCCAAGCUGACAGACGUGUUCCCUGAUCGUAGGAGCCUGGAAUUCGGUGCUGUACACAGACCCGUGUAACUCUCAGCCUAAGAGUAUUCAGCGACACUCUUGGGUAAGUCAUAUAUAUAUAUUAGUAUA